AUUGAUAGAGACAUUGAAAUUAUUUUGGCAGAAGAUUCUGUGACAUUUGAUGAUGACACAACAGAGUGCAAGUGACUCUACGAAAAAAGUACAUGUGUGAAUGAUUUCAAAUAAAUUUGAAGGCUCAUUUACAAUAUUGUCCUUGAUUUAAAAAAAAUAAUAAUAAGAAAUCACUAGCCAAAAUAAAAGAAAAAAAUCAGGCCAAAGUUUUUUCUUCUUGACUUUCAUAAGUACUUUGUUUUGUCUGAAAAAUAAUUAAAACAAAGGUGAAGGAUUUAUUUAUUUAAUUUUUAAUAUAUAAUUUUUUUUUAGUAUUUAAAUUCUUGCGAAUAAAUAUUUUAGUCAGUGAGAAUAAUAAUAGUGAAUUUGUGUAUUUUUGUAUUUGUAUGUGACUUAAAUUUUAUAACAGGAUUUGUUUGUUUAAUCAGUGAACACGUUUACGGUGUGUUUUUGGUUGUCGUUUGUUUGAACAAUGAACGAUAAAGUGACUAUUCGAUUCUCAAUCUCUUUUUACCAUAAAUAAAUAAAUAAAAUGUUGUUUUUUAUUUUUUCUUAGCCAAAAAAAAAAGUGAAACUGUUCUAUUAUUUCAGCUUAAAAAAAAUAAUUUAAAAAUCAAUUUUACAAAAGAAAAUAUCAAAUUAAUAUUUAAUUAAAUUUUAAAUUCAAAAAAAAUAUAACUCGGUAUUUAAUUAAUAAUUUUUGAGUCUUAAUUUUUUAAUAAUAUUUAAACAACAAUUUUUUUUAUAUCAAUUAUUACAAAAUUAAAUUAAAAUUUUUUCUAUUUGUAUUUUUUAUUUAAAAUUAAUUAAAUAAACUAAAAAUAUUAAUUUAAAAUUUGAGGAAAAAUUGUUGAUUAAUUAGUUGAAAACAUUAACAUUAUUUUCGUUUAAAUUUUACAUUAUUUUUUCAACAAACUGAUGAAUUUUAGUUUGAUUUUAAAAUUAUAAUAUUUUUUUGAAUUUUUUAUAACUCACAAUGGUAUAAUUUUUUGAGAUUAAAAUUAAUUAUGUGUUAUUUUAGUAUAAAUACUAGUUUUUGGUAACAUUGUUUUGGAGGAAAUAACAUUGGCUAAGAGUUGGUUAGGGGAUUCUGGCAGUGAUUCCACGGUUAACCGGGACGAGCCAGUAAUAAAUGUAGCAAACUAUCUAUCCGGUGAGGACGCUAAAAUUCGUCGUGACAUUUUAACGUUUUUGUUGAACUCGAAUCAAUUAAAAAACAACAUUGCCGGAUUUAUUUUUUUUGUCUGAUUUUACACUGGUAGUGAUUGACGAGUUGUUCUGAUAAAAAAUUUAUAAAAUAAAAAAAUACUUGUUCAAUUUGAUGAAUGGAAAUUCAGAAUGCUUGAUGUUAAAAUGACUCUGUGAAUUCAAUUAUUUUUCAUGUAGACUUAAAUACUGUACAGUUUUUUUUAUAAUUAGUGAGUUUUUUUUUUUUAUUUUAAUUAAAAUAAAAUUUAAAAAUAAUGGCAGAGACUGAUAAAAAAUACACAUCGGAAUACGGAAGAUUGAGACGGUUAACAAGUUCCAUCGAUCCCCAGAUCCGACAAAUCAGCUCGGAAUAUGGACUCACUGAGGAUCAAGUUGCUGAAUUCAAAGAAGCAUUUAUGCUAUUUGACAAAGAUGAAGAUGGAACAGUUACAAUGGCUGAACUUGGUGUUGUUAUGCGAUCAUUGGGACAACGACCUUCAGAAACCGAGCUGAGAGAUAUGGUCAACGAAGUAGAUCAAGAUGGCAAUGGAACAAUUGAAUUCAAUGAGUUUCUCCAAAUGAUGUCAAAAAAAAUGAAAGGAGCAGAUGGCCAAGAUGAGCUACGAGAAGCAUUUAGAGUAUUUGAUAAAAAUAAUGAUGGGCUAAUUUCAUCAACGGAAUUGCGACAUGUAAUGACAAAUCUAGGCGAAAAAUUGUCAGAAGAAGAGGUGGAUGACAUGAUCAAGGAAGCUGAUUUAGAUGGAGAUGGAAUGGUCAACUACGACGAAUUCGUGUCAAUUUUAACGUCAAAAAAUUAGUUUUUAUAAGACUAAAAAAACAGGCCGGAUAACACAAAUGCAAUGAAACUGAAUAAUUAAAAAUGAAUUUAAAAAAAAAACGACUCAAAAUGUGCUAUGCUGAAUGAUAAAACCUGCACAAAAAAUAUUCUCUUGAGGAGAUAAAAAAACAGCAAGACAAUUAACAAGAAAAAAAAAAAAAUAUU